CAAAAAUAUGAUGAAAACCUUCAAGCAAACGAGGCCUAAAGAAAAGGGCAAAAAGGGUGGUUGUUCUACAUCUAGGUGGCCGAAGGAGGAUGGAUUGCAGUGUCUAGCAUUGCUACUCGUGGGUUCAGUUCUUUGAUAUGGGGAUUUGGGUUCUUCUGCUCCCCUUGACCAAGUCUUGGAGCCUCGUCUUCCCCUGCCUCUUCAGCUCGGAGCAUUUCGAUCCUCAUCUCGG